GAUUUCCAGAAAACAACUAAGAAAAGUCACUCACAUGCAACCCGAUCCACAGUCUACGUGGUGAAGACAACUUUGCUGAAGUUCAAAGUGAGCAUAAAAUUAAGGAUGAAAGGAGAUUUAAGUGACUUCGAAUAUGGGCUGGUGUCUAAGAAGGAAUGGUUGGAAAAGAGAACAUAUCCAUUGGGUUGAUGUUGUGUAGAUGGUCAUGCCAGAGUUCAGAGGAGCAGUGCAGUUAGACGAUCAACCCAUUCUCUGGCCACUGAUAUGUUUGAGCAGCACCUUGGGGCUCACCUCCUGCAGUCUCUGGAUGGCUUUGUGUUUGUGGUCAGUCAGGAGGGACGCUUCCUCUACAUCUCAGAGACAGUUUCCAUCUACCUGGGGCUCUCACAGGUGGAGCUGACCGGCAGCAGCGUGUUCGACUACAUCCACCCGGCGGACCAUGUGGAGAUGGCCGAGCGGCUGGGGAUCAAGCCGCAUCUGCGGGCCGAAGCCGGCUGCCACAUGGCCCCCGACAGCGCCUCCAGCGCCGCCUCCACCUCUUCACUAGCCGGUACCCCUGAGCCUGCAGGUCCCUCCAGUCCUCAUUCUGCUGCUGACGAUCCUCCAGAACGUGGCUUUUUCAUCCGGAUGAAGUCCACACUCACCAAAAGAGGCCUGCAUGUCAAAUCCUCUGGAUACAAGGUCAUCCACGUGACCGGUCGGAUCCGCUGCCGGCCCGCACUCGUCCCGGGUUCCUCGCGCUCGGUCCGUCGCCCCAUGGGCCUGGUGGCUCUCGCGCAUACGCUCCCGCCCUCCACGCUCAACGAGGUCCGCAUGGAGAGCAACAUGUUUGUCUUCCGAGUGAACAUGGACUUGCAGGUCACAUAUUGUGAAAACAGGAUCUCAGAGUAUAUGGAUCUGACCCCAGCGGAAGUGGUGGGACAUACCUGUUAUCAUUUCGUCCAUGUGGAAGAUCUGGAAAACAUCCGGCAGAGCCACGAGGACCUGCUGAGGAAAGGCCAGGUGGUGACGGGCUACUACCGCUGGCUUCAGAGGAGAGGAGGCUACCUGUGGAUCCAGUCCACUGCCACCGUCUCCAUCAAUCACAAAGCCCCCCAUGAGCGCAACGUCAUCUGGGUGAACUACGUCCUGAGUCGAACUGAGAUGCCCGACACGCCCUUGGAUCUGCUGCAGCUACCGGAGAGCAUAAGAGCGGAGAGACUCCGAGUCAGCUCGUCCCCCACCGACGGCUCCCCGCAGGCCCGAGGUCAGCCACCGGUGAAGACAGUCAGAAAGAGCGACCCUGACAGCAAAGGUAGAGAGAAAUUCGCUGCCCCCGUCGUCCAAUCAGAGGAAAGGAGGAAGCGCCUGCUGAGGUCCGACCACGAGGGAGCGCCUCCGGAGAGCCGCCGUCGCCUGGAGGAGCUCCGACACACGGAGGAAGUGGUGUCAGCCUCCUCAGACCUUGCAAGCGAAAGCGAGGGCGAGGAGGAGGAAGAGCCGGAGUGGGAGCAGGGGGGCGACAGCGACAGACUGAAGCAGGAAGACAGCGGGGGAGGGGGCAAGCAGGGCAGAGGAGGGGACGCCCCGACGGGAGGUGACAGAGUGGGCCGGGUGCACAACGGCCGGGCCGUCAUCCAGCAGCUGAAGAACGUGGUGGCGCCGUCCACCCUGCCGCAAAGUCCCACCAUCAAGACUGAACACGAAGUCCUGUCCACCGGAGGGCGCUGGGGGUCCCACACGCACGCCUCUCAGCCCCAGCCGACGCACGCACACACGCCGUCCAGCAGCCUGAACGGCGACAGCCCCACCACCCCGAUCCCGGACUCCUCGUCCAGCAGCGAGGCGCCGCCAAAGGGCCUGUUCACCCCUCCGUCCCCCGCCCUGUCCCCCGCCAUGUCCGUGUCUUCCCCACAGCCCCGUGAGGACAGGGCCGUCUCCGGGAUAGUGAGCCGCGGCGCCGCGGCCGGCGGCACCGGAAACGGCCCCGACUUCGAGCUGCUCCAAAGACUGGCGGGCGGCGCGGCGGGACGGGUCCUCUUCCACCCCCUUGCCCUCGGCCCGCAGGGCCCUCAGAGCCUCUACGCCCCCAGCACCAUCCGCUACGCUCCACCGGAGCUGCCCCCCUCCCACCACCACGGCGGGGGCCACGGCGACAGCCUGCAGCUACGCUCGGACCACCACAAGGGACCCCCACCGACCUUCUUCCCGCACUUACAGCGGCUGGCCGGGCUGCCACCCUUCAGCGGUUUCUCACCGUCUGACAGCCCCUUCUCUUCCGGCCUGCCUUUCUGUAUGAACGGACUGAGGGGGGCCGCGGGCACGGAGGAAGACUGAGCCUCACCGGGGGAGAAGGAGAGAGGAGAAAAUCAAAAAUGAAGUGACAUGACAGACCGAGAGACACUGCGAAAGGGCAUGAAAGACAGAAAUGGCCUCUGAGGACGUUACUAAUUGGACAAUGAGCUGAGUAACUGCAGUCUUGAAGAACGCGAUACAAAAAUCUACGGUGAACCAGUGACAGCAGCUCUGAGAGAAAACCGAACACGGACACUUUUGAUUGGCUGUCCCUGAAGACGUCUCAUUUCCGCAACAGUACAGAACUCUGCUCUGUCCUUCUCUAGACGACCGCGUUGCUUUCUGUGUCUCUUCCACUUUGGAGAAGCCAUACUGUACAUAGCUACGAACGAAACCACGAAGACCCUCAGCUUACAUCCAUGUCACUUUUACUCCAGUUAAACCAGUAGGAGGAGGAGGAGGACUCUUGCCAGGGAGGGGACGAAAAGAGACGUUUGGAGUAAAAUGUUUUUAUCAUUGCAGUAUUAUAAAAGUAUCUCUACCACUGGGUUUCCCUUAAUAUAGAUAGAGAUGACCUUUUGAUGUUUUAUAUCGGAUCUCUGAAAGAUAUUACAGGAGUGUUCAUCAGUCAGCCAUACUUAAAGCACAGUGUUGGGACAAAGCCGUGAGUAACGUGGUCCCAGACAUUCCAGUAUUAUAUAUAGAGUGGAAAACUGCAUCACAGACAGUUGUCGUUUGAAUAUAAGAUGGUAAUUUGUUUGACUAAGUGUUAAUUAUAGUAUAUCCUUUAUGAAGCUGAGGUUGUGUUUGUGUAUGAAAGCCAUACCGUUUCUUUUUAUUGUUUUUUUUUUAAACAUUAAUUCAUUGAUGUAGGAUCUUUGUUUCCAAACAAAUUAACAUAGUUUUAUUGGAUGUGAACUGUCAUCCAUUUUUCUUUUUUCUUUUCUUUUCUGUUUUUUUUUUUUUUGAAAAAGUAUAUUUCUGAGAAUGUUUAGAGGAGGACGUGGUGCAGGACAGAAGUGUUUUUGUCACCUGGACCUCUUGUGUUUUUUAUGAGCACUUACUGAAAUUUGUUCCAGUGUGAACUCAAUGCACUUGGUGACUCGGAUGUUUGAUCCUGUUAAAACAGAAAAACAACAGAAGUGGUCGUUAAUAAUAUAGACUGACUACAGAGCACUGACGGGGGGAGGAGGGGCGGCGGUGUUUGUGUUUAAAAAAAAAAAAAAGACAGGUCGAUAAAUAGACCCUUGUGGUCAUUAAAAUAUGACCAUUUGGGGUCGAUAAAACAAAACUGUCAACUCGGUAUAGGGUUUUAAAUUAAAGUAGGGAAACGGGGCUCUCGGCGUUAAUUAGCAUCUCCGGUAAAGAUGUGCAUGUGAAGUCAUCUUUUAUUGCAGCGGCAUAUAAAGCCGCAAUAAAUACCUGCUUUUAAUUUGAAUGCUAAUAUUCAGAGAGUAUUAAAUACAAAACGCCCGACGUUGUGAAGUUAUCAUUCGCCACAAUUAGUGGCGACAGAAUAAAUGCGACAAAAGCAGCAAACAAAAACGCUUUCUCCCCUUUUUUGAAAUUUGUAAGAUCACAAAGCGACUGUUGGGUUUGGGGCGCUCAAUAGAAGAACACUCCUGUUGCUGCACACUGCUGAUCAGCUGGCUGAAAAGUAGGCUGCUACACUUUGCUCACCGUUACAGGGAUGACAGAUUCAGCUAAUACACACAAGAAUAUUUACACAUGAAAGUGGAGAAAAAUGGACAAUCAUCAUUCUGCAUAAACUAAACGAUCGUCACACAUGACUAAUGUCAAAAUACUGAAAUUGGAGUCACAAAAAGGUGGAAUAAAUGCUUCAUAGUGAGAAAAAAUGGUCGAAUAUUCUAUGCAGUAAGCACCUGAAUACUAAUACUAAAUUUAGCUGGUCAGUUUGCUUUAGUUUACGUAUCAAAAUUGGAGUGAAACAACACAUUUUGCGGAUACCACAGCUAGAAUUUAAGUAUCAGUGGAUUACAUAAAAUUAAAAGGGUUAGGCAAUUAAUCAGUGUUUUAUGUAUUCUCCCACCAACCCACAUGUGCAAGGGAUUUAUGUAAAUUAUUAGGUAAAUUAUGACGCCGUAGUGUUAGUUUUCCUCUUUUACUGAAAGGGAUUUGGAGAUUUACAUAAAACUCCAGAGAGACGAGCUAAUCAGGUACAUGUGCUAUAAAAAGACGUGUAAAUGCUGGAUCAUCAAAAUGGAAAAAGAAAGUUUAAAAAAGAACAAUGUGGUUUAAAAACUGUUAGAAUUACACACUGGCCCACGCUGAUUAAGUCAUUUUAAACGAUAAUCUAUAAUCUAUUCCUGGGUUAAACGUACAAUGCAACAUUGAGACCCAAUUUCUCUUUGCUACUUUCUAAAAGGGAAAAGACAGGAGAAUGUUCAGUAAAGCAGGGAAAUGGAAAAAAAAAAAAGGAAAAGCUUCUCACCUAAACUUUCCCACAGUCAGAGCAAGGAUUAAAAAGUUUACCUGAAACAAAACUAAGCUGCUCAUCUUGCCACCAUGUACAGUUAGCAGGAUGCUAAAGGAUAACUUACAGUUUUUCAUUUGUGCAACGAAAGAUGAAUUCAUUUUAAGCCUCUUUACACAUCUUUAUCAAGGAUGCCAAUAAAUGUUGCGGGUGGCUCAAAGUGCAAAACAAGAAAACAAAAAAGUUUGCUUUUUACUAAUUAAAAUACUUUUCAAGUUCGAGAAAAAGGCAUUUUCUACUUUUCAAUUUGUGCUCGUGCCAAACGACGACGCUCGAGAUCGAAGAGUGUGCAAUUUGAAAACAUUAAAAUCCUAAAGUUUGACAUUUUUCACAAAAAGAAUCUCUGCAAUAAUGCGUCCAGUACUUAACGCAUUAAGUACUCCGUAAAUUAUAUAUAUAUAAAAAAUAUGAACUAAAAAAUUGUUUCUUAGCACUUUGGAAUGAGGUCUUUUUGCACCUAAAACACAGGGAAAAAAAAUGUCAAAAGCUUGGAAUAUUGGGGGGCUUUUUUCUUUUUCUUUUGCCUUCACAAUGAGAUUAUAGUUUAGUCUCCGCUGAGGAUUUAGUUCACACACAAACCUGAUGCUCCCGGUCCAAUGCUUGGGGAGGGAGAAACCGUUCAAUCUGCUGUGUGCAAUACACGCAUAUGAUGUAACCGUCACACAUGCCGAGUGUGGGAGCGCACUUGUUCUCGGAUGUUUACCGGUGUAAAACUGCGAGUGUGGAUGCGGUUCUGAGUGUGUGUUUGUUUGUUUGUGUGUGUGUGUGUGUGGGUGUCUUUUUGUUUCGGUCUUUUGUUCUCGUUGUUGCCGAAUUUAAAACAAAAAAAGA